UUUCCCAGUAAAACUUUAGUAUUGACGCACUUUAUCCUCUUUCUCUCUCUUUUUUUCCGCCCAUUUCAGUGGAAGAGGGAGGAAUUGCUGCCCACAAGUCCGUGGUGGAGCAGCACAAUCAAUCGCACAAUCAUCUGCCUGCUCAUCGUGUGCAUCGUGUACUUCUCCUACACCUUCAACUCCUGCCUCGUGUCCAGCAUCAACAGAGCCUUCCGUCGCCAAUCCGCACCUCCAGCGCCCAGAGAGGCCGAUCUCACUACGACGUCCACGACAGAGGCGCCCGAGAUGCGCAUCUUGGGGUCAAUUGUGCGUGUGGUGCCUCUGAUUCCAGGCUCGGAGUGCAAUGAAUCCGAGUCGUUUCCCAAGUAUCGCCUGCUGCAGACGCAGGGCGUCGUGCCCACGCGCCAGCUGCCCGACACACUCAUCAUUGGCGUGAAGAAGAGCGGCACCAGAGCGUUGCUGGAGUUCGUGCGCCUCCAUCCGGACGUGCGCGCGGCCGGCUGCGAGGUGCACUUCUUCGACAGGCACUACAGCAAGGGCCUGCACUGGUAUCGCCACCACAUGCCGCCGACCAUCGAGGGCCAGCUGACGAUGGAGAAGACGCCCAGCUACUUCAUCACCAAGGAAGUGCCUCAGCGCGUCCACCACAUGAAUCCCAACAUGCGCCUGCUCAUCGUGGUGCGCGAUCCCGUGACGCGCGCCAUCAGCGACUACACGCAGGCGGCCAGCAAGAAGAAGGGCAUGAAGCGCUUCGAGGAGCUGGCCUUCGUCAACGGCUCCCUGGGCGUGGUGGACACCAAGUGGGCGCCCGUGAAGAUCGGCGUGUACGCCAAGCACCUGGAGCGCUGGCUGCAAUAUUUCCCACUCUCGCAGUUCCUCUUCGUCAGCGGCGAGCGCCUGAUUGAGGAUCCAGCGGCGGAGAUUGGCCGCGUGCAGGACUUCCUGGGCCUCAAGCGCGUCGUCACUGAGAAGCACUUUUACUUCAAUGCCACCAAGGGCUUCCCGUGCCUCCUCAAGUCCGAGUCCAGCUCCAGUCCGCACUGUCUGGGCAAGACCAAGGGCAGAAAUCACCCGGUGAUCGAGCAGAACGCCAUCACGCGCCUUCGUGAGUUCUAUCGUCCGUUCAACGUGAAGUUCUACCAGAUCACGGGCAUCAACUUUGGCUGGCCGUGAGUCCUCCACAAUGCCAAUUUCACCUCCCAGGACAUACGUAAGAGAGACCCUGAAGCACGUCUUUUCGAUGAAUUUACACACUCACACACAGAGAGAGAAUCCUCGUGGCGAAGAACCGGAGGAUGGCAUAAGAAGACAAUUUAGUCGUGAUACUAGAAUCAAUAAUUGUAAUAUUGUACUCAAGUAU